UCCCGAGAGCUUUAGCGCGGAAGGAUUUAAGCAGCCGCUUCUCCCGCAACCGUCUCCUCCCCCCCACCUGUCAGGUUACGGCCCGCGCAGUUCGAACGCAGGAGAGACGGGAAGCCCCGAGGGUCGUGAUUCGGAACGCGCGAAGGGCCAGGGCCGCACUGAUUGAAAGAGGCGUUUCCUCAGAGAGGGCCUGGGUUUCUUCUUCAGAAGGUGGAAGGUGCUUUUAUUGAUAUGUUUUUCUUAGUUAUCUUUUACAUUAGACAAAUGUAUAAUAUCAAUGGAACAUAACUUAUGGACUUCUCAUGAUCACGAUACGGAUGAGGAAGACGUGUUUGCAAAUGUUGUGUCAUUAAGGAGUCAGCUAAAGAAAACGGAAAGAAAUUUACAAGACUUAGGUGAAGAGCUUUAUGUAUAUCCCCAAAGUACCAAUUCAUAUGAUGAUUUUGAUGACACGCUUGAGAUUUUAACCAUGGAAGAUCUCAUUGAUCCAAGUGAAUUACAUAAUGGUUCAACUCAAUCUUCUGUGAGCAGAAUGCCUUGGCAUAACAGGGAUUCUUCAAGGAAACACAGGAACAAAUGUUACUCGCUGUCUUUGGAUAAAACCAUGGAAGAAGAAAAUGAAAUACUAAGGGAUAAAUUGAAUAUAGUCCGAGAAAAAAAUGCAUCCUUGACUUCUCAGAACCAUCAUCUAAGGAAUAAAAUUGAAACAAUUAACUAUGAACUGAAUCAGGCAAGAGCACGGAUAUCUUUCCUUGAAUCUACUUUGAGUACACACUCUGUCAGCAUUCCAAUGUUAGAAGAACAGAUAGCAAGUUUGGAAGCAGAAGUUCAAGCACAAGAUAAAGCUCUAAAACAAGCAGAAGAUAAAUUAGAGGAAAGCCAGAAAAUGCUAAUGGAAAAAGAAUAUUCUUUCCAACAGCUGAAGGAGGAAUAUAAAGAAAUUAGAUUUGAUUUAAUUGAACAAAGCAAACAAGGAAAGAGAACUGAAUGUCAAAGAAAUGAAGCUUUGUUUAAUGCUGAGGAGCUGACAAGAACUUUUAAAAAAUACAAAGAGAAAAUAAGUGAGAAACUGGAAAAGGUUCAGGAAGAAGAGCAAACUUUAGAAAGAAAUUUAAUGAAUUGUCUGAAAGAGAAGGAAAAAUUGCAUGCAAAAUGCAAUAGCUAUAAGAGUGAGCUUGAAAGCACAAAGGAACAAGUGAGACAAUUAACUGAAAUGAAUAGUAUUGGAAAAGAAAAUCUCAGAGGUGUGGAAGCCAAAUGUGCUGAAAUGGAAGUGCAACUGAAGCACUCUCAGCAGAAUAUCCUGAAGCUCGAAAAUAAAUUUCAGGUCCAAGACACAGUACUUGAAGAAAAAAAUACCCUAUUGCAUGAAAUUGCUAGCUUAAAAGCUCUUGUUGCACAGCAAAAUGAUCACCUCAAGUUGUAUCAUCAAGAAAUUGAGAAUUCAAGAACUGAACUAAAAACCUUAGAAAAUAUUAUUUCCCAGUUGUCUCAAAUUUCACCAAGAGAGGCUAAUCAUUCCAUGCAUCAUUCUAAAGAAGCAUCAUGUCCCAAUUGCUGUGAUUUAAGUAGAUCCCUGAUAGAAGAGCUAAGAUUAAAGCUGACAAUGAAAGAAGCAUUGAUUAAGCAAUUUCAGGAAGAAACUAUGACCAGUAAUGCAUGUCAAGAUCUCUUUGAUGAAAGUGAGAGACAAGAAUUGAAUGGCCUAGAAAUUGAACCAGUAAAAUUGACAGGAAACCAAACAGAGAGAAAACACCAACAACUGGAACUUGUCACUAAGCAAUUUGAAAAGGUGAAGCAAAGAUUACAUGAACAGUUAGAAGAACUACGUACUAAACUGGAAAAAUGUGAAGCUGAGAAUUCAUUUUUAAAGGAGACCAUGGCCCAGCGAACUAGUCAGUUUCAAACAAUACAGGAUGAACUGUUGGAGAAAGCUGCAAAAUCCAGUACCUUGGAACGAGAAGCAGCAAGGAAAUCCUCUAGGCUCUCAGCCCUUGAAAAACAGUUGGAAGAAAAGACUCUUGCUUACACAACUGUUGCUGAAAAAAAUACUGAGCUGGAACGGGAAUUAGUGGAAGUGAAUGCUCAGCUUCACAGCUUAGAAAGAAACUUCAAUGAGGAACAUGGGCACCUAGCCACAGUGCUUAAAAAAACAAAGAUGAUUCAUCAUGAGCACCAGAAAGAAUUGGAAAAGCAGAUUGAAUUGCUUGAGUCUCGACUAGAAACGAGAUGCCAGCAAUUCCAUGAGCAGGAGAACACAAUGUCACUUUUACAGCAAGAUAUAUUAUGUAAACAACGUCAGAUUGAAUCACUAGAUCUACUGCUAAUAGAAAGCAAAGAGGAAGUGGAAAAUCAGAAAGCCAAGAAAGAGGAAGCAUUAAGGAUAUUACAGAGCCAAUUUACUGAGGAAACAAUCAAGGUCAGACAGCUACAAGCAGCGCUAGAUGACUGCAAGGAAGAUCUAGCGGUAUAUUUAAGUAAUCUCGAAGAAAGUAAAGUGUUAUUUGAAAAACAGCUGGCGAAGAAAAAUGACGAGAUACAGCGGUUGCACAAAGAAAUAAAGUUGAAAAAUAACAAUCUUCAGUCAACUAGUGAACAAAACUUCAUUCUGCAGCAAACACUGCAGCAGCAGCAGCAAAUGUUAAACCAGGAAAGCAUUAGGAAUUGUGAAUUAGAAGAUAGCCAAAUUAAGCUCCAACAGCAGGUAUUAAAAUUAGAGCAAGCACUUCAAAAACAGAAGGAAAUUUUGGAGGAAGAGUUGAGAAAAACUACCGAGAAUCUCCAUGUAGUCUCUGAAGAAGCUGAUUCGAAAAGACAAAAAAUAGCAGAACUCACAGGCACAAUCAGGCAAAUUAAGAUAGAGAUGGAUCAAUGUAAAGAUGAGCUAAUAGACAUGGAGAAAGAGUUAGUUCACUUAAGACGAGAUGGUCACGCUAAAGCAACACAGCUGGACCACUUGGAAAUGUCUUUGGAGGAGAAACAUGAAGAAUUGCAGAAAAAGACGCAGCAAGUGAAACAGUUAGAAGAUAAACUGCUUCAAGCUGAGACACAGCAAAAGGAUUCUGUGCAGAAAAUAGAAACGCUGGAGCAUGACCUGCAGAAUGCCACUAAGAAGCUAAAAACUAGUUUGAGACAACUGCAAGAACUUCGGAAUAUGCUACAGGAAGCACAGUUGGCUCUGGAGGAGAAGUAUGCUGCUAUCGAGAAUUUAACAGAAGAACUAAGAGACUGCAAGGAUGAACUUGAGAACAAAAGGCAAGAACUCCUUGAGAUGGAAAAGAUACUAAAAGAAAGGAAUUGGGAUUUGAAACAAAGAGCAGCACAGGUUACACAGUUGGAUAUGUCAGUUCGUGAGCAUAGGGGAGAAUUGGAACAAAAAAUAAUUAAAUUAGAAGGAAAUUUGGAAAAAGCAGAGUUGCAGAUCAAGGAAUCCAACCGACAGAUUGAGAGUUUAGAGAGCAAGCUACAGCAUUCCAAAGGUGAACUUAAGGAGAAAGAGUUGAACAUCCUUCAACAAGAUCAAGAGAUCAAUCGCCUUAAAAAGGAAACUGGAAGAAAACAGGAAAAAGUAACAGAUAUUGAGAAAAAGGUGGAGGAACAGGAAAAGUUCAUGGCAGAACAGCAAAAAGAAAUACUUGAUUUGGGUCAGCAGCUGAGACUAGAACGUGAACAGAUGAAAAAGGUCCAUUUGGAGCUACUGGAAAGUCGCCGUCAACAGGCUCAAGCUCAGAGAGAUGUGGAUAGGCUCUCUCUUGAACUGGAAGAAGUGAACCACCUCUCGCAUGAAAAAGAAAGUCGUACAAAUCAUUUGGCAGAACAACUAGGGGCAGCUCAGGCACGGGAAGCCCAGUUAGAAGCAAGAAUGCAAACGGAGAUUAGGAGGCUCUCAGCAGAAAUACACUCACUAAAGCAGUCUUAUACAUCAGAGAAACUCUUACAUGAAACAGAGGAAACAAAACGGAAGGAGUCGAUAUCUAAAUCUCAUCAUCUUUAUGGGCAAUUGCAACAGCUGAAGCUAGACCUGGAAGAUGCACAAGGCACUGUCUGUAAUCUACAAGAACAGCUUAAGUCCAGAAAUGACAUGAUUGAUGCAGCAAACGAAGCUCUGCUUCUCAAAGAAUCUGAAUUAACAAGGCUACAAGCUAGAAUUGCAGGUCAUGAAAGAACAGAAAGCAUCAAGCAACUAUCAGCCCCACAAAACAUAUCCACUCAUCAAUGGUUAGAUCAAGAGCCAGACUUUGACAGGCAUUGUCAGAGAAAAUCUGCGAGCACUAAUGAUCCAGGUUUUAAAGAUGAUGGAAAUUUAUUAAAACCGAAAAACAUUUUUACAUCCGAUUGUUUGCUAAUUUGUAGGAAGCCAACAGACACAAUUCACGACUCACCAAAAAGUCCAAAUGAAUCCUCCUUUGAUCCUUUGACACACAUUGUAGAGGACGAUGAGACUUGUGAUAGCAGUGACUUCCAAACUCUUAGUGGCAUGCUAAAAUAUAUCAACAAAGAGAUGAGUUCUGAAAAUUGUCCAUAAUUUUCACCUGAUGUAAACGACAAUUCAAGUAGGUAUUUCUGUACCAUAGUAUUUCUUAGGCAAAUAGGACACAGUGCACUUUGUCUGGAGAUGGGGCAGGGAAAUGAUAAUAUUGUUCCCUCUUUGAGUUACAUUUUGUGGAGCAAGCAUGACUACUAAGAUGUAUUAACUAAUUAAUGUUCCUCUAGGACAGACUUUACAAAUGUAUCAAGAGUGCAUAUAGGGUCCCCCUUUUUUAAAAAAGGACACUAGCUUGAUCAAAAAUAAAAAGCAUGAUCCUUUGCAGAAGUAAGUUCCAUUGGUCAAUGCUUACCUAUCAGGUGAGUGUGCAUAGGAGCGCAGCCUAAACCUGAAAGCCAUUUUGAGGAAUUUUCUUCAGGAUUAGUUUUUACCUGAUUGUAAUUGCAAAUAGAGCAUUAUGAAUAAUGUAAUUCAAUGCUUUUGAUAGAUAUUAACAUCAAGUGCAUAAGUUCUGAUUUAGACCAGUUAAUGCUGUGUCCCAAGAGGUGUCCAAAAUCAUUUAUGAGAGCUGUCAAGGUAGGGAUGGAUCUCUCUGGGUUUGUGAUAGUGAGUAGACUGUCAUCCACAAAUAAGAUUAUCUCUUGUUCCCUACCAGCUGCAUGGAUACUGCUGAUCUCACUACCAGGAAUGGGGGGGGGGAGAGUAUCCUAUUUGUAAAUUACCCAGGAAGACAAUAAGAUCCUAUCAAAGGCCUUCUCUGCAUCAAGUGAGGGGAGGGCAGUGGGGUGAUUAUUAUGCUUGUUCAAGUCAUUAGUAUGAGACCAGUAAUUCAUUUUAACUAGAACUUGAGGUCUGAAUAAAUUUCACAUUUGUUAAUGCCUAUGUUAAUAUCUGUUUCAGGAACAAAGUUGUGAAGUAACAGUGUGCUGUUGGAUUUGUUGUCUUCAUGAAUAUAAUGAUGUGCCAUUUUAUACAAACCCUGUACAUAUUUGAGAAACAUAGUGACUCAUAAUCCCUUCCUAUUUACCCCAAUUCUAUUUUUUUAUUACUGUUUUGAAGUAAUUUGUACAGUAGGGGGUUCUCAUAAAGAGAAAUUUGAAGAAUCUGGGUUUAUUUAAAACUAUUUUCCUGAUACUUGAAUAUUUCAGCUAAUGUAUUAUUAUUGAAUUAAUAAACAAACAAUACACAUUGUA